AGUACUAAAAUGUCCAACAUAAUAUGUUUUUACACUCUUUUAUCGAAAUUGAAUGUGCACACGUAACGCAAUAAAGAAAAUAAGUACCUACAACAGCCAGUAAAAUUAUUGAUUAAAAUCAAUAAAAGCAUAAAUGCAAUGACCACCUUUCAAGUGCUUCACAAUGGCUUCAUAUUUCAAGCUGAUCGAUACGACUUACUGGACUAAUAAUAAUCAGUUAUAUUAUAAACUUAUUAACCAAAUGUAGAAAGUGGAGGUGAAAGAUGAUAAAUGACAAACAGGAAGUGUCGACGCAAAGCUGUUUAAUCGAACCCGCUGAAGACAGUAAUGUAAAUAGUAGUUCAAUUGUAAGCGUGGAGUACAAGGGUGUCUUGUGGACAUGUGCGCUCAGGAGAAUGUGUUUAACUGCUCUGUGGCUUCCGCUAGGUGCAUUAAUAUUUUGCUACGUAACCGCAACGAUGUUCCAGUCAGAUGACAUUCAUGAAACACACUGUAGGGUUUACAACGUAGUGCCAUCAAUAAGUGCAAUUACCGGGAUAAGUCCACAACGUUACGUGUGGAGGAUUUGCAUCGCCUAUCACCUAGGACCAAGACUUUUGAUAGGAUCUCUCUACUAUAAUUAUCAUAAGGAACGCACAUUGCAGAUAAAGGAUGGCGAGGUUCGCAAGUUGGCUACAAAAUUAGGAGAAGCUUGUUAUUGGUUAAAUUUUAUCGAGUUAUUCGCUCUAAGUGGAGUUACUUACGUUUCAAAUAGAGAAAAUUACUUUGUUCACGAGAAGAUUUUCAUAAUAUUUAUGAUAGCUGCGUUGCUACACAUGCUGUGCCGGGCCCGAGUGGGCUGUAUCGCAACUGACGUCGUAGAACCAGUAGCCACAAACAAACUGGUCUGGGUGUUAUUCUACGUUGCCAUUACUGCAACUGUAGGUCUUAUUAUCUCUUUCCUUAGGCAUCGAUUGCUCUGCAGACCUCUAGCUUUCACCUGGUUCUCGGUUUGCGAGUACAUUCUGGCAACAACAAACAUGGCCUUCCAUGCUCUAAUAGUACGUGACCUUCCAUUGCACCAGGUUGUAGUGACCAGCUCCGAACGUCAUAAAGCCAACUAAUUUUAUAUGUUAUGUUUGGUAUUAUUUCUCCAGUAUUUUGUACACCUCAAUAAAUAAAUGAAGGGUAGAGUAAAUGUAUGAAGCAUAAUGUAUGGUAGUAAAGUCAAAGUUACUUUAUUCCAUUCAUAGGCGAUAUUAUGUGUAUGAUUCAUUUUACGUAUCAAAACUAACUUUUAAUAUACUUUAUAACGAUUACUAAGAUGCGAGUGUGUGUGUACAAUAUUAAUUAUAGGUUUCGAAUUCGUUUUACGAAUAUAAUACAACUUUUAACUUUAAGGAUUGAUCUCCCCUGCGCUCCAACUAGAUACCGCAUGCUUUGUCGCAAAGUGCGGCAAAUAAUACAAGCGUCCAAGUGGGCGUACUUAAGCCAGUCUCGACGACGACAUGGGUACCUUUAAAAAAGCGCAUUGGUAGUUAGUUAGGAUAUCAUCCCCACCAUUAGGAUCCGUUCCAACCAGCGGUCCUCUACAGUGCGGUUUUCAAGAAACUUUCUUCCACGUACUAGAAUGUUGUGGAAUGAACUUCCUUGUGCGGUGUUUCCGGGACGAUACGACAUAGGUCCCUUAAAAAAAAGCGCGAACACCUUCCUUAAAACCCGGCAACGCUGCUGUGAUUCCUCUGGAGUUGCAAGAGAAUGUGGGCGGCGGUGAUCACUUAACAUCAGGUGACCCAUACGCUCGUUUGUCCCCCUUUAACAUAAAAAAAGUCUCAAACAAUGUGUGACGUUGACGUGCCACAUGUUCUGUUAAACUUUGCUUAUAAUUGAAACUAAAAUUGGGUACUAAAACUUUGUAGAAAUAAUACUACAAGAAAUAAGAAAGACACUGGAAUCACAUAUCAUCAAUAAGUAUUUUGUACCUAUUUUAGUAAUUUCAAUGUAAAAUAACACGAAGCGUAUGUUACAAAAUUUGAAAGAUGACAUCGAGUGUCAAGAUGCCACGCACACAAGCAUCUAAUAGUUGCCGUAAUAAAAAAGCUAUUGUUCUUAGGUAGGGCGGUAUCUAGUUGGAGCGCAGCGGAAAGGAAUCUUGAGUCUAGGUUUAAGGUAUAAAAUUUUAUAUGAACAUAAGUCGUAGAGAAAUUAUGUAAUAUAAUUAUGAUAUUUUUAAUUAUUAAUGAUUUUUUUUUUGGUUUGAACAGAAAUAGGAACAAACCUGCGCAUAAAAUAAGUUCACCCGAUUCGCUACCCUAUUUAAUAUGUUUUGCUUAGGAUUUUUGUUAGCCACUACUCUAUUCACAUUUCAUGUACGGCUUUUUAAUUUUACCCUCCGUAGUACGAAAAAGAUGAGUGAUGAGUUUUAGCUUAGCUAAUUUAUACGUCUAGAUAGAUUCUCUUGCUGUAAGACAACCGCUAAAACAGGCCAGGAAUAUUAGUUUAGUGUGCGUGAAUUUCUCAAAAUGGAUUUUUUUUGAUGAAAAUAAGGUAAGAGACGAGCAGGACGUUCUACUGAUCGUAAUUAAUACGCCCUGCCCAUUAGAAUGCAGUGCCGCUCAAGAUAAUUUAAAAAACCAAAAAUGUUGAGCGGUACUUCAACUGCGCUCGUCGCCUUGAGACAUAAGAUGUCAAGUCCCGUUUGGCCUGUAAUUUCACAAGCUACGGCGCCCUUCCGACCGAAACAUAAUAAUGCUUACACAUAACUGCUUCACGGCAGAAAUAGGCACCGUUGUGGUACCCAUAAUCUAGCGGACAUCCGGUGCAAAGGAGCCUCCCACUAGUUAGUUUGAUGUUUUCACAGCCGUCAUAGUCUGUCUAGACGUAUAAAUGAUCCAAGAGUUUUAGGUUUAAAGAUGUACAUAUUUUAUCCUAGGCUUCUUGUGAAGUAGAACACAAUAUAUUACAAUAUAUUGUGUGUAUUAAUAGUUUCAUAUUUGUAUCUUUUAUUGGGAGUCGGGAUCUGUCACCUAUUCGGUAGGAUACGAAACUUAGUAGACCCUUUGUACAAAUCCCAAAAAGGAACGCGUCCUUGAUGGCUUAGGGCGACAUCUAUGAACAAUAUCAAACAUUAUUCGAUUACAAACCUUAACACCCUUCCUAAGAUAAAUUACAUAAAGGAUUUAUUUAUUUUUAAUAUUUAAGGCAUUAGCUGUAGUUUAUGUUAGUUUUCUUAUGAUGUGAUUGACCUAUUUGACAUCAUGUUGGCAAAUUUUUUUUUUCUUUUUACUUAAUUCACUUGCAUCUUGACAUAGAAGCGACGAAGUAGUGAUAAAAUGAUACUUCCCUGUUUGUUAUUGUAAAUAUUACUUUAUAUUUGUAAUAUAUUUUGUAAUUCAUAACAGCUUUUUAGCAUCGCACAAAUAUUUGUAAUUUGACACACAAUAUUAUGAGAGUAUUAUUAGUAUGUAAGUGAUAAUGUUGGGAAAAAUAUUGUAAAACACUGUACGGUUGAUAUCGAGAUAUUAUAUUUUUAGGACUUUAUGUCCAAAUAGCUCAGUAUGAAUGUAGGUACCUAAUCGGUUCUUCUGUUUAAGAUAUUCGUUUUGAAUUUUUAAAUUACGUAAAUGCAUUAAGCGAAGUUUUUUUGCAUACUUAUGCCACAGAGUAGUGAUGGAUACCUACGUACGUAUUAACUUAUAGUUAUUUAAAUACUUAUUUCAAUUUAAGUAAUGGUAAGUUUACUUUUUUUAUGUUACAAACCUUAGAUAAUUUAUGCGUGUAGAUAGUGUCUCUUGCUGUUAGACAACCGAUGGAAACAGGCCAGGUUUAUUACUUUAGUGUGCGUGACAAGCUACGUCUCACACUCGCGAUUUGUAUGCCACUUUAUGUUAGUAUGCUUGCAUGGCGCAGAGUAGAGGUUAACUAUCAACCUCAAUUAUUUCGACGUUUUCACAGCUGUUACAGUCUAUCUAGACGUACCUAUCAAUAUUUUUUUUACUUUGGUUUCCAUUUCGCUAAAAGCAUCUAUGGCAUAUAUAUAUAUACCUAAGCAUCACCUAUAUAAUUGUUUUUCCAAUGUCAAUUAAGUGAAGAUGUACCUAAAUAGUAAAUACUACGUAAAUAAAAUAUCAAUAUUAUUCAUGCUUCUAUAGUUACUUUGUGUAUUUCUGCGGUCAUGAAUUUGUAUCUAAUAUACCUAUGCGAGUAUUUGAGGCAAAUUUAUAUAAACGACUAUAAAAUCAACUAUUAUAAAUUUUAUUAACAUUCACGUAUUUUAUAAAAUACUCAACUAUAUAAUAAAAAUCACCACCGCAUAUUUUUAAUAACUCUCUUUCCGUUUAAUAUGGAAAUAACAAAACUAAUAUUGUGAAAAUAUAUAUUAAUCCAGUGUAAUUUAGACACUAGUACAAAAUAAUGUUUUUUACAUUUCUGUCGCUGUGUAUGUAGAUAGUAAACACUCCCUCUCAUAAUUUUCUCCUAAUUCCCAAUGAAGUUAUUACAACUUCAAAAAAUUUAUCACUGCCAUCAAACAGAUCACUAUUUAUUAAAUAAUCCCCUAGGUACGUAAAUUACUUUCGAGAUAUUUUUAACCGACUUCAAAAAGGAGGAGGUUCUCAAUUCAAUUGUUUUUUUUUAUUUAUUAUUUUAUUUAGGUAUGUACACCGAUAACUCGGAGAUUUAUGAUCCGUUUUACGUAAUUCUUCUUUAGUUCGAUGCGGAAUAGAUGCCAUUUGGUCCCAUAAAAAUUGUAUAUAGUCUGGCCCAGUAGUUUUCAAUUUUAUGAAUAUUUUUUAUGAAAAAUUUUGUCUACCUGGAUGAAAUUCUUAUGGCUUAUAAUAUUUACUGUUCAGUGUUAUUAUUGGAAAGUUAUUAGAAAUGACAAGGCACGGAUGAGACUUUAGAUAUAAUAUCAGAACACAUUUGGAGAAAUUUAGGCUAUAUGUGCUGACCGUACACAUCUACGGACAAAUGCAAAAACGUCUCCAUAAUAAUAUACUUGUACUACUGGGCCAAAUACAUUAUAGAGCGCUGUACUAGGUAGAUUGAAUAAUACUUAAUUGACACCUUUUUUUAAAAUCAUAAUUCCAUUGUUUUGCAAAUAAUAUUUUAUUAUAGUGCACAAAUAGGUACGAUUUUUCGUAGAUAGGUAAAUCCUUAUGUAAAACAUAGAAUUUAUCGAAAUUAGAACGAUUUGGCCAAAUUAUAUUGUAUAAAUAUAUAACCUACAUUAUUUACAUGAGAUUCUUUCCUAUUUAUAUAAAUCUUGUAAACCAUGAUGAGUCCCUAAAUGUAUUAGAAUAAUAAUGAAAAUUAUUAAUAAUACCUAUAUUUUUAAUAAUUACUACCUAAAUAUUUACCACAACUCGCAAGCCGUACCUAAGUGAUUUCUUGUACUUAUCACAAUAACGAGAAAAACUAUAGGUAUAGUGUAGGUACACGAUUUGAAUUUUAAAUAUCAAGUAUGUCAAGUGAUAAUUUGAUUAAUUAUUAUAUUGAGUACUUAGAUGAUUGUGUAGGCCAAAGAUACCUAGGUAGUACCUACCUACUUGUCGCUGGUGUUUUAGGUAGUAUUUCUGUGAAUAUUAGGUAAUUAGGUACUUAUGAUACAAUAAUUAUUGUAGGUAGCUAAUUUAAACAGAUCAAAGUACCUAUGCUGUACGUGUGUAAGUGAUACCCAAUAAGAGCCCAGUAGUGAAAGAAAUUUAUAAACUUAAUUUAGUUAGCAUUUCCUUAUUUUAGCAAGAGUAAUUAUUCGCUAUUGAAAUAAAAUAUACGUUAAAGUUAUA